AUAAAAAUAAAUAUUUAUUGCAAACCAAAGAACUAAAUGUAUUUAAAAUGAUUCCAAAGUAUAUAUUAGUAUUUAACUUUAUUUCAUACGUGUAUGUAUAAGAAAAUAAUGUUGGCGAUUUGUUUUACAGAUUGGUUUUUUAUUUUUUUAGUUAUUCAAACAGCAUACAUUUUGGAGACACAUUUGUUCCAUAUAUUUAUACAAAUCCAACAAAUUAUGGUAAACACAUUUUGAGUAUUAAUAAAUAGGUACUAAUAAUUUUACCAAUAGUAACAUAAAACUUUAUAAAAAUGUAUGUAUAGUAUGAAUUGUUAUCAAAAUACUGGUUGUAAAACCAAAAUUUACUAGAAAAUAUAUACCUGAAUUAUACCUACCUAUUUAUAAAUUGUAUAAAUUUCAAAUAUGAAUUAAAAUAAUAUCGUAUAAAAUUUAUUAUUUUAAUAUAAUAAUUAAAUCGUGUUAUGCAUUUUUAAAUGUUUUUAAUACUAAAAAAUAAAUUAAAUAAAAUGUUUAGUAUACCAACCUACGUAACAUUACUUUUAAUUCCAAAUCACUCUAUAGAAUGGAUAUAUAUAUAUACAUCCAUAUAUAGUAUAUAUAUAGAUAAUUUUUUUCUCAAGGUAAUAGGGAAAAUAAUAAUAUUAUUUAGAUAUUAAUUGAUUGUGUUUUUUUUAGUUUAUGCUUAAUAAAUAUUGAAAAUAAAUGAAUUUUAUAAUUUUUGAGAACAAAGAAGAUAUGAACUAUAUUCAAACUUUCACGUCACAAACUCACAAACAGUUUCUUAUUUAAAACAAGUAAAAUAACUUUAAUAAAUUUGAAAAAAAAUAUCUCUCAAUUAUAAAAUAUUAUUAAAUAAAAUAGUUCUAUAACUAUUUAAACAUUUCAAAAUGCUACUUGACUAUUAUUAAUUUAUUAAGAUUAUGACUAUCAAAGCAUUAUUAUAGUUGUAAAUAUAAAUUUAAAUAUUUGUUAAAUUAUAAAUGACGAAGUUGCAGUAUAGGUACCAACCUAAUUUAUUAUAAUCUUUCAUAAUUAUAAAUGUAAUUUUCAAACACUAUUAUAGUAUUUAACAGUUUACAAGACAACGAUUAUAAUGUUCAUGAAAAUAUACCAGACGUACAAAUGAAUGUGAAACUGCAGGACGGUGGUGAACUACAGCAGUUACAAGUAACUAAUCAAUGGGCUGAAGAAGAACUAGACAACCAACUAAGAUAUUAUGAUAAAGAUGGAAAGUUGAAACCGAAAAUUAAAUAUCAAAUAAAUCUACAAAAUGGGAACAUUCAAGCACAACAAGAUUAUAUGGAACAAACAAAAAUUGAUGAGGAAGAAAAGGAGAAACAAGAAAAUACAUUAAGAGAAGAAGAAAAAAUAAAAGAACAACUUAGACUACAGAACCAGGAAAAAAAAUUUUCUCAAAAUUCUAAACUUUUACAGCGACGUUAUUAUGAUAUUCAACUGCAUAAAGAAUACAGUGAUGAUGAUUUAGAAGAACUGGAAAUACAAGCAAAUCAAAAUGAGUGUAAUUGAACGAUAGCUAGGUAUGCGCACAAAUUACAAGAAAACUUAUUUAUUUAUUUUUUAUUAUUCUUUAAUAAUAUUUAUGUAGACAAAUUCUUAGAAAUUAUAUAGAAGUUAAUAGGUAGGUACCCAGUAAUAAUAAUGAUAUAUUAUUUUGUGAUGAUGACAUUAGAAAAUCAUAU